ACGGGCCCGGCGCGGUUCUCCCGGCAUGGCCGCGCUGGGGGGGCCGGCGGCUCUGGAAGUUUCUUUUGCGGACACACCUGUGCAGGUGUUAAUGAUGAACGGGAGCGCGGUCAGACAGGCCCACAGCAGCGUGGGGCUUGGGGAAGCUGCAGCCAUUUUCCCCCGUAUUGGUGUGUGCAGAGAGCAUCUUGUGGGCAGAUGAAUGCAGUGCGGACAGAGACCUCGCUGGAAAUACUUCCUGACCGUUCAAAAGGGCAGAUUUUGUCCAAAUUAUGGGUGAAUUAAAAAAAAAAAAAAAGCGUAUUAGAAGAACACCGCAGUACUGUAGAGGAAAAGUAAGAAGUUUUAAACUCAAUGGCUAGAAAACUAUGUUAGAAAAUGAGGCAGAUAUGACAUGAAACUCUUAGAAAUGAGAGCUGCAUACAUCACUUGAGCUGUAGGAAACAGUAAUUGCACAUUAUAAGUUCAGAGAAUUGAUAAGGGAGCUGAAGACACCAGGAAAAACACGUGGUACUAGAGAUGGAGAGACAGAGGCCCAGAAAAGUUCCGUCACCUGCUGAUUCGCCGCUUACCCAGGUUGCCUCUCUCACUUUCUCCCAAAUGACAGCUGUCCUUAAGCCACAGCAACGAGAAGUUGCAGGGGGCAGAGCCCAAAUCAGUGAGACCUCCCGCGCAAAACUGCCAGAAUCCUCUACUUCCACCCUGAGCAAAGCAGUCGCCUUCACAGAAGGAGUAAAACCCUCCCAUCUGCCUCCGGCGGUGUAGGAAUAGACAUGUCUACGGGGAAGAUCUGUUGCCUGGUGCUGCUGACCCUCGGGGUGCUGGCCGUGGUUGUUGUGCUCGUGGUCAUCCUGACUCAACCCAAGUGCGGUCCUCAGCGCUACCUGCACGGUGCCGUGGCUGCUGACACCGAGACCUGCUCUGUCAUCGGCCGGGACAUCCUGAAAAGUGGAGGCACAGCUGUGGAUGCUGCCAUUGCUGGCUUGAUCUGCACCUCGGUGGUGAACCCUCAGAGCUCUGGCCUGGGUGGUGGGGUCGUAUUUACCAUCUAUAAUGCCAGCACAGGAACAGUCGAGGUGAUCAAUGCCCGUGAGACAGUCCCACGAGGGUUUCCGCGUGAUCUGUUGUCUGGCUGUGCUGCUGGGUUGCCCAUUGGUCCCCGCUGGAUUGCUGUACCAGGAGAACUUCGUGGGUAUGAAGAAGCCCAUAAGCGAUAUGGCCGCUUACCAUGGAAAGCCCUGUUUGAACCGACCAUCAAGCUCCUUUCAGAGCCACUUGUCAUUACUCCGGUUAUGGACAAAAUAAUCCAUCACCCACUCUUCUCUCGUCCAGGAAAAAGCCUGUGCCCACUGAUAUGUGACGAUCAAAGGUUUUUGAAGCAUGGAGAGACCUUCAGGUGGCCAGCGCUGCAGAAAACACUGAAAGCUGUAGCAGAAAAUGGAGCUGCAGCAUUUUAUGAGGGACAGAUAGGAAAGGCCCUGGUGGAGGACAUUAGGAAGGCUGGGUCCAACAUCUCACUGGAAGACCUUCGGGCAUACAGAGCAGACGUGUCCUCAGCUUUGAACAUUACCCUGAACAACCACACCACAGUGUUUUCUCCUGGACCACCCAUGGGAGGAGCUGCGCUCAUGUUCAUCCUCAAGAUAUUGGAAGUGUAUAAACUCCAUGAAGCGUCACUGGCGACACCCAAGGAGAAGGUGGAAACCUACCAUCGCAUUGCAGAGGCCCUGAAGUUUGGCAACAUGCUGAAGCCCCAUAUGAGUGACCCAGCCUUCUCAAAAACUCAGGUGACUGUGGGGACCAUGCUGUCUGACAAGAUUGCUGAGCUUGCCAGAAGCAGAAUAGAUGACCGAGGUGACCAUCCACUCAACCAUUACAACUUGUUGGAGUCCAUCUACAACCACGGAUACAAAAGUAAGGGCACAAGCCACAUCUCUGUGCUCGCUGCAGAUGGCAGUGCUGUGUCCGCCACCAGCACCAUCAACUACCCGUUUGGCUCCUUUGUGUAUUCUAACCAAACAGGGAUCAUUUUAAAUAAUGAACUUGCUGAUUUCUGCAUAGCAAACAGAAGCAUCCAGCCAGGAGAGAAGCCUCCCUCAGCAAUGGUGCCUUCCAUUCUCAUCUCCAAGACAGGAGACAUGCUGGUGAUCGGUGGAGCAGGCGGGACCUGGAUCGUCAGUGCUACUGCUAUGGCGAUUAUAAACAAGCUGUGGUUUGGCUAUGACUUGGAACAUGCCAUUUCAGCUCCCGUCAUGCAUACUGAAGGUGACAAUAUCCUGUUUGAGGAACACUUCAGUGAGGAGAUUAGGAGCGGCCUGCUGGGACGAGGACAUAAAGAAAUGAAAGCUAAAUUUGCAAUGAAUGUUGUGCAGGGAAUUUCCAAGGAAGGAAAAUGCAUCUCUGCUUACUCUGAUAAAAGGAAGCUGGGGAAGUCAGCUGGUUAUUAGCAUUAAAUGCCAUCACAAAUCACAAAACCACAGGCGAUAAGUACAUUCAGAACAUGCUUUGGCCUGGACAUGCCAGUGUUGCCUGUUCCCAUCAGGAGGCCUCCCACAGUGUGGGCAACACAUGAGAUUGAUUAUACCUAAUUCCAGUGGACUGCAAGGCACCCUCAGGCAAUACAAGAACAGGUCAGCCAACCUUGUUUAUAGCUACACCCUCCAUUACUUACGUGAUAUAUGGAAAAACAUAUUUCUUGAACAGAUCAGCCAUUCAGAAUAAGAGAAUACAAAGUGGGAAAGGAAAACUGGUCCAAAACCCACCGGGAACACUGUGAAAUGGCCCAGCUUCCAUUCCUGCUCAAGGGUCUCCAUUAAGAGUAGAACUGGCUUCUUUCAGGUUGUUACCACAAUACGCUUAUUUUUAUUGGGGUUCAGCAGUGUGAAGUAAGUAACUGAGUAACUAUUUUGGUUAGAAGGAUUACAAGAAGCGUCCUUAGGGUCAGGAUUUUAAAAUCUUAAGCACCCAGGCUUAGAGAAUGGGUUUGGAAGGGGAAAAGAACAAAACUCCACACUCCCCCUCUUGGUUUUCCCAUCCAAAAUAGCCCUACUUUUCCCAAAGGUGGCAGAUUAAAUCAGAGCGCCAUAGCACAAGUUUUCUGCCCUGCUACUCUCUGCCUGGGGGAUGCGAAGGACCCCACAAGCUCUGAGUAACUGCACCAAAGCUUCCUUCAACCCUGCACACUGGUGACUUGGAGAAUUCCCUGCUCCCAGGAUGGACAAAGAGCUGUUGAUUUUGGAUGCUUUAUAACUUUCUUCAAAAUACAAAGGAUACAUGCUCAGAAGACCUCAUUCUCCCAGGCAGUUAGCAAUAGGACAAGGGGGCAUGGGCUUAAACUCUACCAGGGGAAAUUUAGGCUGGAUAUUAGAAAGCAAUUCUUUACAGAGAGAGCGGUCAGGCAUUGGAAUGGCUGCCCAGGGAGGUGGUGGACUCGCCGUCCCUAGAGGUUUUUAAACUGAGAUUGGACAUGGCACUUAGUGCCAUGAUCUAGUAAACGGACUAGAGUUGGACCAAGGGUUGGACUCGAUGAUCUCUGAGGUCUUUUCCAACCCAGUCGAUUCUGUGAUUCUGUGAUUCUGUGAUUUGUAGCCGCGAGCUCAGCCUGGCCAGGCAAACACCAGGACUGCUGAGAAGCAAUGCAUGCAGCACCAUCAGACACUGCCAGAAGACUUUCUUCCAUAGCUAAGGACAUGCUCUAGCUCCCUGUUCACCACAACUACUUUCUAAGAUCACAGGGAAGAAAUUGGAGGACUAAUUAAGAACUAUCACCUUCUUGAGGAGACCUGAAUUCAUGCACCUGGAUGCAAAAGGUCUUUUGUAUUAAGUUACUCCAUAACCUUGCCCUGCUCAAAAUGGCCUAGAGAACCAAACAUUUGAGGGGGGAAAAAAAAAAAAAAAAAGAAAAAGGAAAAAAAACAACAAGCACUGAACACCAGACCAACAAAUACCAAACAAAGAACACAUGGAAGCUUUUCUCAAAUACCUAGGGACAAGUUCCCAACUCAGUUUUCUGGAAGCUUAUGAGCUGUACCUCCCUGUGGGCACAAAUAGGUGUGAGGGCAAGGAAGGGGGUGUGUCUGUAUCUGUGUGUACAUCUGUCUGUGUGCCUGUGUCUGUGCGUGUGUGUGUCUCCGUUUCCUUACCUCACACACAGCCCCUGACAUUCCUAGUACACAAACAAAUAAAAUCCCUCUGUAAACACUGUAGCAAGUAUUUGAGCACAAACAAACCAAAACAAGGCCAUCCACGCAUAUACUUGCAAAAAAGGCCAGAUAGGUUUUAAGGUUACGUUCUUACCCAUGAAGUCUGUCCAGUAAAACCAUUGACUUGUUGAAAGCUCAGCCUUCACUUGCAUUUUAAUGAUGGUCUGAGUAAAGCUGACUGGAGCCAGACAUGUGUUUUCCUUUAGAAAUUACACACUAAGGACCAUAGUAUGACCACAGCUGUAUCAGAGCUUAAUGCAAAAAAGUAUUCCUAACUCACCAGAUCAUAACCGCAAGUACUUAAUCAUGCAUCUGGAAGACAAGUUACUUACGUAUAUAGCCAGCUCUGUGCACUGUCCCCUCCUUCCUUGUUCAAGUGGAAUUCAUGCUAAGUCCCCUAGUUCAGGAAAAACUACUGAUUUCUCCAUCAGAGCUGCUCACUCAAGCCAUAGAAGCGCACAGCACCGUCAGCAUUACAGUGUUGCUGAAUGUGAAUAGAGAAAGGGAAUAGGCCUAAAGUUUGAGGGGGUGCAGUAUUUAUGUUAAUUUGGAAAGGGUUACAUUGGGUUUUCUCGGUAGCCAUAUUUAAUCUAUAUAAGUUGCUGAAGUUUUCUACUUCCAUUAACUCUCUUACCUCAGCUACCAGUUCCUGGCUGCGUUGGUUCUAGUGUCAGAAAUAACAGCCCAGCUUCAGAGUUGUCACAGGGGAAGCACUUACGGGCAGCAGACACCAUCUGUGGCUCACAUUUCAGGACCAGACAGACUAACUAGACCGGAUGGAGGCUUUAGCAAGAGCUGUAGUUAUUUCUAGCCCGCCUGUGCUUGGGGUUCACAAAAGCAACUGAGAAGGGCACUGGCGGGAGACAGCGGUUCGCUGCUGAACCAGGUGCUUUUUGCUUCCCCAUCGGGGUUCAGGGCAGCGCUCAGCAGUGCCCUGGGCUGUGCUCCAUCACGUUCCACCAGCAGAAAAGAAACCUACUCACCAGGUAACCGAGCCUCCAGUUACCUUCACUUGCGACAUACCUUAGGGAAAGCACACUUCAGUAAUCCAGCCCAUCACCUUUCCAGCGCAGUAGUAUCGCAGGUGCUUCCCACCGCCAAGGCGUGGGAAUGUUAUCUGUACUCCAGCACUCAAUGCAAUUUAACUGCUUUGCUACUAACACCGAAACUGAGCCAAUUAAGCAGUUUUAAAACCCAUCACAGCUUUAAUUUGCCAGACAGAAAGGAACGAGAGCGCAGACCUUUCACAGCAGCAGAGACUUCCAGUCCUGGCGGCCUCACCAGCAAAACAUCAGGUGAAGCUGAGGGAUUGUACCUCCCUUAGCACCUCUGCUCUUGCCCUGCCACCUCCUCACUGCUGCUGAAAUUUGCUUGGGUCACAAGCCUCGAGUUUGGUCUCUCCCCAUUCACGCUCAUGUCAAGAGGAAAGCAUUACUUUGUACUUAGUCAACCUACAUGAACUUUUAAAUCAUCACUGUACAGAGGCUGCUCAAUUUUCUAAUGAAGUCUUUUAAAUUAUAUUUUUAAUAAAGUGUUUUUAAACCUG